ACCUGCAACAAAGUCUACGCAGCACCUGUCCUUGAAGCCUUCCAAAAGCGUGUCUACGAGGUCGAAGAUAAACACUCAGAUGCUAUGGAACUCUACAAAGCCUGUGUGGCCGCUGACCAGGAUGCCAAGUUGAAUCCCUACUUCUGUCUCUUCUUUCGCCAUCAAGACAGCGUGCUUAUGGUCUACCUUUGUAGAAUUAUCAUUUCCAAUUGCAAGGACCGCGAACUGGGUAGGCACUCCCGUUCCGUUUCUUCGGAUUGCUAA